UUGGCUCAGGCAGUACUAUUUUGACUUAAGUUGGAACUGCGCUCAGUCGCAGCGUGAUCGUGUCUAACUUACGAGAAUCGCGUUUAGGAUGGUACUUACACACGUUUUUGGAAGUCAUUCGUACUAUCAGAGAUCGAUAAGAAUGAGCCUUAGUGAUGAUAAGCCUGGUCGUAAUAUAGCAACACCUUUUUUUCUAAAUUUUAGUACUCUACUUUAGUAACCCAGUCGUUUUAAUAAACACAUCUUUUUUUAAAUAGUUUGUGUGAUUAAACUAGCGUCGACGUGAGUGAUAUUAGUUGUGAUUAGUGCUUUUCUUAUUGUGUAGAGCAAAAAUGAGGAAUUCUCACGCAUAAUGACUCACAAACAAACAAUAAAAUAUUGCUAGUAAUAGAUUAGGAACAUUAAUUGUUCUGAAACCUAUUUUUCACGUGCCGACAAAAUGAAGAGUUGUACUGCAGUACUGCUAGUAUUUUUAAGUAUUUAUUUAUGUGCUAAUAGACAGACUAAUGCUGCAAACCAAACUAAAGUUCCUAAUAAACUACCGGCGUCAACGAACUUGCAUUUUGACGUUCAGAUCUCAGGAUUUAACAGUACCAGUAUUUCAUCCGGACCGAUAAUCCUACAGGACAAAAGGACGAUAUUUGUAUCAAAUUUAGCGUAUAAGGGAUCUCAAAGUGAACUGUCAUAUUGGACUGGUACGUCCAGUGUCUACGGCCAGAAGUACCUUGUAGCUAGGAAACCAUUUUUAGGAAACCAUACCAAUGUUUACAUUGAUUUGCCAUCGAAUUCAACUUUAGACAAUGUGACUUUUUUAGAAGUGAAUGAUGGUAGUACACUGGAUUAUGUAAUUUUUGAUAGUGUGAAUAAAAGUGCUAUAAGGGAUUAUAACCAAUCGAGAACGGAUAUUCCAGUGUAUAGGAUACCGAAAUGUUGUGGCCAAGGCCAAAUUCUCUUACAAGAAUUGGGGUGUAUUGAUGACUUGGAUUCCUACUCAUGGAACGUCACCGUUUUUGAAAGUAAUGUUACAGGUUUGGAUCCUGACAUCAAACUGGACAAUUCACAGUACGACCUGAGGCUCUACGUUUACAAGAUAACAUGUGAAGGAGGCAUAAUAGCUGGUGUAGGAGACAGCGAUAUUUAUGGAAUAAUAUACAAUUCGUCAUUAAUUAUCCAAGGGGAAGGUAUUAAGGCUCACAAUGAGUUUUGUAUGGACAUUUCUUAUGAUCUGGAGAAAAAAGACUACCAGACUGUUACAGUAGUAUGCUACCAGCACACUGCCAAGGAGAACGACUCCAAUCUGCUCUAUUAUAUAGUAAUGGGUAUAUCGACAGUAUGCUUUGCGCUGACUGCUGCUUCAUACGGAUUGCUAUUAAACGAAAGCGAUAUUAUCAAGAAAAAAUGCGUCAUAUUUUUUUCAGCAUCCAUGUUUGUGGUUUUCUUGUCGCUGGUAAUACUCAGCGUGCAAAGUAAUUAUACUGUCUGUAGAAUAUUUGGUUUUGUAUUCUUCACAUUUACUAUAUUUUCAUUUGUAUGGUUGAGCAUAUCCUGUUUUGAGUUAUUCUAUAUGGUCAAAGUAGCAAGAGAAAAUAACAGACAAGCCUGGCGAUUGCAUUGGUAUCUAGGAGUAUCUACUGGUAUAGCACUUCUUAUGCUAUUGAUUUCGCUGUUCUCUGGAGAAGAGUGGACACCAGAUAUGCCAGAUACGUUUAUAAGAAAUUCAAACAGUUGCAAUUUUUUGGUUCCUUUUGAACGCUUUCUGAUCCUGUACAUCCCUAUGGUCAUCUCGGUGAUCGUAGCUAUAGUUUUUAUUGUACUCGCUCAGAGAUUAAUAAAUAAAAACGAUGUCGAUCCCAGGAUAAAUAUCGACUGCGAUUGGGUAGCGAAUAGAAACAGUUAUAAAUUCAUGUGUAGAACGUAUAUGGUUAUAAUUUUGGCAACAUUGUUCUGGUUUCCUCAUUUGUUUUACAACGGAGUAUCUAGUCAGCUUGCGUUAGAUGCCUUAGAAGGAGCACUAGGUAUUUUAACACUGUGCACGUUUGUCCUGGACAAGUACACCAUGCCAAAAAUUUGGGCAAAGUUGAAACGUAAAAAGAAACUCAACGAAGCCAGUCUCGGAUUGCAAAAUAUCCCUACACCAACCACUGCAGAGCUGGAACCAUCGCAAGAAACACCGUUCAUGUUCCAUGGAAAUGCUCAUAACAACCACAACAAUACUGGAAACAAUAAUGGAGGAUGAUAUGACGCGUAUAAUAAAACGGCUACACAACUUUUGAAGAAUAAAUAUAUUAUAUCUUUACUAACGAACUAAAGAAGUUAGGCAACUAAAAAUUCUACACGUAUCAAAAAGUUGGUGCAGUCUUAAAAAAAGGGAUUUUCUAAUUUGAUGCUGCUUGAACCACAAAAUGUUAUAUAAUUCAUUUCUUUAUUACUUUUUUGGUAUUUCAAGAUGAAAAUAUAACAAUAGAAUAUAUUUAUUUUUACUGUAUAUUCUUUAUAAACUUUAGAAAUAAUGCAACGCUAAACAAGACUGAAACAUACUGUUUUAUACUGAAAGUCUCAUUAACUAUAUUUAUGAGACUUCUUCAAUAUAGUUCAUCUUAAAAUAGUUGUAGCUGGCACAGUAGCAUACACUUACACCAACUAAAUAACAAAUCUAUAGAUUUAGUUCUUUCUAACUUAAACCUGUACCGUAUGAUCCAAAAAACGGUGUCCAGACAACUCUGACGCUGUUUUGUAUUCGACAUGAACAUUUUAGUCAGUAUAUUAUUAGUAUUUUAGUUUACUCCGCGUUUUUUUUGUAAAAAUAUUUAUUUGAAAUUCUAGGUUAAGACAUUUUUUUUAAUAUUCCUUGACUUAAUAAGUAUUAAAUUGUUUCUAAUUUAAAUCUUCAUAUAUGUAUAUUAAUGCUUGAAAAACGUUGUGACUUUAGUUAUAGUUAAAUAUUUGUUGUAAAAAUAGUAUUAUCUCGAUAAUAGUUUUGUAAAUAGUACCUACCCACCUAUCCCAUAACGAAACACAGGAUGUAUGCAAUUAUAUUGAUUUUAUUUCAACAUUUCUAAAAUAAAUUCACUAAUAUAAAACAAACAGAUAUGUAAAAACAAUAUAUUGCAAUAACAAAAACCAAUAUACCAAAGUUAAACUAUUUUUCUAGCCUAUUAUUUUGUUAAAAGGUAAUUAAGUAUAAUUUCACAGAUUGUUUCAUAUAACUUUGACUAAUAAAAGAAAUAUAUAAACCGCAAAUGUCUCCUUAAUUACUAAUAAUAUUCUAUUUCUAAAAUUGGUUAAAGCAUGGAAUAUAUUAGAAGAAAUUUUUCUAAAUACAGCGGCAACCUCUUUAAUGGGAACAGAUAAUUAUAUGCUAGUCUAUUGUAUUAUAUAGUGCAAAAAAACUCACAAAUAUUGAACCUCAGGUUCAUUUCUUGAAAAAAUGGGAUUUUCUUAAGAAAUUAACAAACCACAAAAGUUUGUACAUUAUUUAUUGAACAGUUUUUUAAAUAUUUGAAGUCAUCCUUGCUACCUUUGGGAUACACGCAAAUCUUCAUUUUAUGCAUAGUUUUGAAAUGGCCUCGCUUUUUAAGUUCCAACGUUAUGGUGCGUCCAGACCUGAGGAGUCGAGUGCGAGACGAGCGCGAGACAUUCGAAAUUAGCUAAGUGUGGACGGGUCUCGCAAGAGCCUCGACAACCCACGGAGCCUCGUUGCUAUCCGUCCCCUGUCGGUUUUUCGACGGCCGAUCAAAGAAAGCUCGCGGCCAAGUCUGGACGUGUUUUUGGUAGGCUCGCUCGACUGCGAGAUAUUAGCUCUGAUAUUAGUGCAUAUUGAAAUGGAGACUUGGACGGAAGAUCAGCUGAAAUUCAUCGAUUUAUAUAAAGCGAAACCAAUAUUAUGGAAUCCAAAAGAUAAAGAAUAUUAAAAAAAAACAAUAAACACGAUGCGUGGAUACAUAUUUCACAAUCGUUGAAUAAAACUUGAGAAUAUAAAAAAAAUAUUUCUCUACUGGCAACAUACAGGAAGGAGAUUAUUAUACGAAGUUUAAUUAUUAAUGAAUCUUGUUACCUAGUAAAUUAAAUACACAGGGUGAGUCGAUAAAGUUCAUUAUUUCAUUUGUUUUGAGAAUUAUUAAAAAGUGUUUUAGAAUUAUUAAAAAAAUAGAAAAACUGUAGAGAAGGUUAAGAUACACAUUUUAAAAUUAUUAUAGAGUAUACAGGGUGGUUCAAAAUAGUAUUACGGAUAUAACAUGGUUUUUAAAUGUAAUACCCUAUUUUUUAUUUUAUUUUUAGAUUCUGCGUAAAAUUUUAUAACUUUUUUAAGUAUAAUGCGAGGUAUAAUGUUAUAUACCUAAAACGGUAUACUCUGUAUACUCUACAGUAAUUUUCAAAUGUGCUUCUUAACCUUUCCUAUAACUUUUCUAUUUAACAUUUUGUUCUAAAAACGAAUUUUGUACAAGACGUCGUAUCUCGAAACAAAUGAAGGGUGAAAGGGGAAAAAAUCGACGAUGAAUAAAAUACGACAAACCAAAUAUCAUGUUAAAGAUACAAAGAUUUAUCACUUAUGCGUUAUUAUUUGCAGCAGGUUUUAUGGAUGUUUUUGCGGACAUGUUUCCACAAACCGGUCACCUUUCACUAUGAUCCAACUCGCUUGUCUCGUGGCAGGCUUGCGUCAAAAAAUGGAUAGAAAAUGUCUUGCUCUCGUCUCGCACUCGACUCCUCAGGUCUGGACGCACCAUUACAUGUUUUCGUUUUAACAUUUUCUUUCGAUUUGUAAGUAGUAAGGUAGUGAUCCACAAAACUGAUGGAUGUUAGGCGUAUAAAGGGAAAUUAAAACAACAUUCGUUGCACGUCAUCAAUGACACCAUGCGUCAUCUUAUGAAGUUUGCUAGUAGUCGUAUUAUGAUGUGUAACGAAAGUUAUUUUAAUUUCCCCAUAUAUUAAAGAUCAAAAGUACACUGAACAUUCAAGUUCAAACAUGUUACUCAAAAAGGGAGGAACGCUAAAGACAAAGCAAGGAGACACCGUGCUACGUAAUUGACAAGUAUUUUUAGGAACGUUCCGACUAUAACAUCGCAAUAUGUGUUCAAAGAGGUUGCACUGUAUAACUCUUUUAUUGAAUAUUUUCUUAUAUUAUAGAUCUUUGUUACAAUUUUUUUAGUUUACAAAAUGUUAUAGUUCUUUAUGUAUCAAGCGAAUUAUAAGGGUGUUAAUUAUCGAUGACAAAGUUUCAAUAAUUAACAAAGAGAGUCAAUAAUUGUUCAAGGUUAUUAACAACCUAUAAUUUCCGUGGUACAUAGAUUAUUUUAUUUCUUACUGAAUUUAGUAUAUUUUGUCCUAUUUUAAAACGACACAAAAAUAGUAUUGCAUUUAUUAUAUAUAUUAUUAAUCUUCCAGUAUAAUUGUAUUAACGCUGCUGAUAAGAACUUUGUUUGCUGCCAGAUUACUGAUUA